AUCUACUUUACCUUUUUAUGUGUUUUAAAUUACUAUUGAUGUUUUCAAAGGGAACGGGAACCGUUCGGAAUUUAAAAGCAGUGGCUAAAGCAAGCAACCAAGAGGAUACAGUUGAUGUUUGGUGCACAAUUCUGGAUAUUAACGAUAACUAUCCUCAAUUUGAAAACCUGCCCUAUCGAUUCAACAUAUCUGAGGACACGAAAGUUGGAGAGGAGAUUUUCCGUGUGUCAGCUUCUGAUAAAGACAGUUCAGAUCAUCAUAAUAAUGCAGUUUUCUUCAGGAUCGUGGGUGGAAACACGGAUGGAACUUUUAAAAUUGAUGGUGGAACUGGGAAGAUUAUGUUAGACAAACCAGUCGAUUUCGAUGGGUCUACACGGCAAUAUAGUUUAAAUGUGACCGCAACGGAUCAGUAUGGUGCGCCUACGGGCAAUCAAAACUGGACAGUGGUUAACAUAGGAGUGACAGAUGCAGACGACCUUCCUGCGGAAUUUUCUCAAUAUUUAUAUGAAGUAUUGAUCGACGUUGAUACACCACAGGGAGGUGAAAUAAUCAGAGUGCACGCUGAAGACCAGGAUUCUAUGAAGGCUUCAGUCUCAUACGUCAUAUAUCCAGCCAGUGACCCAGAAGAAUGUUUUAAGAUCAACAACGCCACAGGAGUAAUAACAGUUAACCGAAAUCUUUCUCAAAAGUCGUAUCCUCUUAUAGUGACGGCGAAAUCAACUAAUCAACCUGUUGCAUUUGCGCUGGUUAUGAUAAAUGUUGGUUCAAUGCCCAAUCGAACAUUUGUGGCAUCAGUGAUAGAAAAUGAAGAGAAUACUACCGUGUUUGACUUAACGAACUUGGAGAAAUAUUUCAACAUCUCAGAUCCUAUAUUCGUAAUCCACCGAGGUAACGAAGGUGGCGAAUUUUUUGUAAAUGAAACCUCAAAGGAACUGCGGGUUGGCGCUCAAGGUUUGGAUAGAGAGGAACAUGACAAGUACACCUUGGUCAUGGAGCUCUUCAAAGACGGGAAAAGCAAAGGUUUUGCAAUGAUAAAUGUAAACGUGGUGGAUGUAAACGACAACACUCCAAGGUUUAAAAACCUAGCAUCAGUAAGUGUACCAGAAACCACACCCGAAGGAUCUGUUGUCCUCACGGUAACAGCCUUGGACCGAGACGCCGGACUGAGUGGUUCUGUGGUGUACGACAUGAUAGCAGGCAAUGAACGAGCUCUAUUUGCUUUGAACAAUAAAUCUGGAGAAUUAUCUUUGGUAAAACAACUCGAUUAUGAAGCCGCUGCGCAGUACGUACUCAACGUAUCAGCUUCUGAUAUGGGAGAGCCUGGGCGCCGUGCUUUCAGUGGCGUGAUUAUAAACGUGAUUGAUGCCAAUGAUAACUCUCCGGUUCUUCAAGCACGAAUCAUUCAAGUUUCUCUCGCGGAAGAUACUUCUUCUGGUUCAUUUGUUGCUCAGUGUAAUGCAUCCGACGCCGACGCGGCAGCGAAUGCGCGGAUCACUUAUCGGCUUGUAGAAGGCGCGGUCAACAGGUUCUCGAUUGAUAACAUUACAGGCGUCAUAACCACAUCCGAGUCGUUUGACAAGGAAACUGAGCCCGAGGAGUACACGCUGGUGGUGAACGCUCAAGACAAUGGACAGCAUCCCCUCUCUGAUGUUGGUUUCGUUGUUGUCCACAUCACCAACAUAAAUGAGCAUUCUCCAGUCUUCUCUCCGACAUCAUACGUAGGAGGUGUGUACAAAGAUACGACUUACUAUUCGCUGGUGACAACUGUUAAGGCGAGCGAUGCUGAUUCAGAUUCACAAUCUGCCAUUACCUUCGAACUCGUCAAUGGAAAUGGAUUGGGAUUUUUUCACGUGGAGCCUGACACAGGUCAUGUGAGAGUCGCAACCUCAUUGGCUGAUAAAGAUGGUUCUAAGUUUUCUUUAGAAGUAAGUGCCUCGGAUGGCGGGAAAAAAGCAGCCACCAACGCAAUCGUAAACAUUUUUGUUCUCCGUGAUGAAGAUUCCCUAGUUAUAAAGGCGGGGGUGGUCCCGGAAGAGAUCACGAAAGGCAGACAAAAGUUUCUUGAGAUGAUUAAAACCAUAACGGGAGGGGAUGCUUUUAUCAAAUAUCUCCAGGAAGAAAAUGGUGAAAACGCGACUCUUGUGAUUCUCCAUGCGGUGAGAGGUAACGAUGUAAUGUCGGGAUUUGAUAUUACAAGAGCUCUUUCAGACAACGAAGAACUUUUGAAAACCACAUAUAAAUUGUUCAAUAUACUAUGGUACCGGCCACCAGACGGACCUCCUUCAGCGGAGGCUCGAACGGGGACUGAGGACGAGUUAUCUGCUUUGGUCGGAGCCUUGAUCUGCUUUGGUGUCAUUAUUGGUGUAGGAGCGAUGUUUAUUAUAAUUAUAUUGAUCAUGAGAAAAAGAAGUGGUAAGAGUCCUUUUAAGAAAAAGAGACAUCCAAGAGUGACGUUCAAUGACAAGCUUUUCUUCAUUGACCCUGUUCAGCCUGCUGUGACAUCAAACCACGUGGAAUCCGCACAGGAAGCUCAAGAGGUUAUAGUCCAUAUACCAGCUGAGGAUGACAACAGUUCUGAAGGCAGUGACGACGGCUCUCACAACGUGGUGAGCUUUUUAAAUUUCGGCUACGGUUCGCGACUGGCGGCCAUGAGUGAGAAAGAUCCGGAAGAAUUUGAUGACAUGGAUCAUAACACGUUCUUUCCCCCUCCGCCUAAAGGCCCGCCGCCGAAGCCACCGGAUUCUGACGAGGAAAACUCCGACAGCAUCUCGAUGGGAUCAAGAAGUGAUUAUGAAAAUGAGGUGAAUGUGCACUUGGAAAAGUACAACCCAGAUGAUGUAGCAGAUGUCAGUGGGAUUUUGUUAAGCCAUUCUCCAUCUGACUCUACUACGGAAAGCACAGACCAGUUAGUGACUGGUUACCCAAAUGUUAUGUUUCCCAAUGGUGGUUCGUUUUUGAGAAGUUUUUCGCUGAACGAAGCGACGACUGAGUUGUAAGGAAACUACUACAAAACCGGACAGUUUAAGGAGGUUCUUUUAUAAUGGAUAAAGAGAAAAGCAAUAUAUACACCGGCUCAAAUAACAUGAAAGAUGAGGCUAUUUAUUAGUUAAUAAACAAUGCAAACCGAAUUUCAUGGUAAGCAAAAACCGAAAAAAAAUAGAUCACUCAAUUGGUUUUUGCCUAACACAUUGGUGUAGGGAUAUUAUUUUCUAUUUUGAUUUAUUCAUUUUUUCUUACUUUUUAAGAUUAUAAGGUAAUUACUUUUUUCAUUUAGUCCCCUAAUUUCGAUAAGAUGUACUUCUAUUAGUCUCAAUGUUUUCUUAUUCUAGCCGGCGUAUGAGCUUUGAAAAACUUUAUCGUCCAUAUUCAGAAAGAUGGAAUUUUUUUUUUUAUCUUUGUUUAGGAAUUUCGUAAAGGCGUACUUAUGACAGUUUCGAGUAUGUAUUUUUGGUCGCCAGCUAGCAUAUGUUUAAUUGCUGAAUGCUUUAGUUUGGCGAUAAGUUUAACUUUGCAUGCACUUUGUAGACAAUCUAGAAAGGUUAUCACAUAGAAUUCUCAUGUCACAAAAUUUACUUUUUGACGGUCAAAUAGUAAUAAAAAUAAAAAAUAUAUUUUUGCAAAGGUGAAAA